AUGAAGGAGAAGCAGAUUUUGAUUGAUAGAGAUAUCUACAGGGUUUUGAUUGAAGGGUUUGUAAGGGAUGGUAAGGUUGAUAAAGCUUAUAAGCUCUUCCAGAUUGCAAUGGAGGAAGAGCUUGAGCCGGAUUUUGAGACUUUAAGUCCAAUUAUGGUUGGAUUUGUGGUGAUGAAGAGGCUGAGUGAUUUCUUGAGUUUGGUAGAGCAAAUUGGGAAGUUAGGAUACCCUGUAGGAGAUUGCAUAACUGAGAUUUUCAGAUUGUUGUGUGAUGAUGAAGAGAAGAGAGCUAUGGCUUUAGAUGUUAAUGAUGUGUUAAAGAGUAACGGCCAUGGAAGUGUCUCUGUGUACAACGUUCUCAUGGAAGCUCUUUACAGGAUGGGAGAUAUUCAAAAGUCUUUGUCACUUUUCAGUGAGAUGAGGGAUUUUGGGUUUGAGCCAGAUUCAUCAUCGUACAGUAUUGCGAUUUGCUGUUUUGUUGAGAAAGGAGAAGUGGAAGAGGCUUGUUCAUGUCAUGAAAAGAUCACUGAGAUGUCGUGUGUUCCUUCUAUAGCUGCUUAUCUGUCACUUACUAAAGGACUCAGCCAAAUCGGAGAGAUUGAUGCGGUGAUGAUAUUAGUUCGUGAAUGUUUAGGCAACGUUGAGAGUGGUCCUAUGGAGUUUAAGUACGCUCUUAGGGUUUGUCAUGUAUGCAAAGGGAGUAGUAACGCAGAGAAGAUUAUAGAAGUAGUAGAUGAGAUGAAGCAAGAAGGUGUUUCUAUCGGUGAAGUUACAUAUUCUGCGAUUCUCUUUGCAGAGCUGAAGAAGCGCAAAGUUAUGACGGAAGCUGAAAUGGUAAUGUAUGAUGAGAUGUUAGUUGAGGAGACAAAGAAGAAGACUGCUGAUUUGGUGGUUUCAGGGAUCAAGUUUUUCGGUCUCGAGUCGAAACUAAGAGAAAGAGGUUGCAAACUACUCUGA